AUGACUUUGAUGCUUGUGAGCGUCUGCUGUUCCGGCGACAAGAGCCAGCAGGAGAAUGCUGAGCUGGAUAGCGAGCAGACUCGGCAAGGGACUGUCUUCGUCCAACUCGAGUUUAAAAACUCUGAUGACUACCCCGAACAGGCCUUCGUGAGCAACGACGCCAGCAUGGAAAUAGUAUUGUCAAUGAACGUCAAAGGCACAUGUCGUUCUUUCACCGUUUGGGAAGCAGAAGCCCGGUUCCAGAAACAGAACGGCCGCUCUUUCGACGAUGGAAUCUACAAAAUUUGGAGCCUUGAUCCUAAAUCCAAGACCAUGCGAGAUCUCCGAUUUGCUGCAGGAUCGCGCUGCAGCGCUGCCGUCACUAUCAUAGGCUACCCAAAUAACGACACGAGCGAGCGCAGUGAAAACCAGAUCACACCAAUCAUGCAGGAACCGAAGCUGCCGCUCAACUCCCUGGCUCACCUGAUCACCUCGUCGGAUACAGACUGCAUAAGACUUGCUCCAACAGUCCCCGCCGACGAGAAGCGCACUCUACGAGCACACAUGAAGACCUUGUGUAACGCCAGCAGCUACUUUGACAGUCUUCUGCGAUCCGGAUUUUCCGAAGCUGAGUCCCUUCGCCGUUGUGUCCAACUUAGCGGCAGCUCCGAGACAGGAGAAGGGAGCUCUUCCUCAGAUGGUCUUUCGACCACGAAGAAGGACUCAACGUCAGAUCUUAUACGGAAAAGCUUCUCGCCAGUCCUUCAAGUGCCAGACAUGAGCUAUAGCGAGCUCGAAACAUUGCUCUUCUAUGUCCACACAGGUGUGGCUGCUUUUGCCCGGCGCGAUCGCUCUUUCAGAGGGGUUAGAAGUGCCUCCUCCCUCGACAAUACUUCCACAGCUACCUCUCAAGACAACAAGAGGAAACGCUCUGACUCAAGCGAAGGCGACGGCCCGUGGUGGAAAGAAUGCCUCGAUCCGGCUAAUGCAUUCGACAUGUAUCGCAUUGCCGACAAGUACGGCAUCUUGGGCUUGCGCCAAAAAGCGCUUGGACAUAUCCGUUCAGAACUCAAGACGACAAGGCCCGAUCCUGUGCAGUUCUUGGAGGACUUGAAGCUGCACAAAGAGAUCGCGCUGUUCCCCGAGAUCUACGAUCUUUAUCAAGAAGCGUUCAUGCGGAAAGACGAAAGUGUCCUACUACAAGUCUGGAAAGAUUAUAUGUCGACGCUUGCCAUCGACCGUUAG